AUGAGCGUCUUAGCUCUCUCGCCCGUGGCUCCUGAGCCUCUCUCUCCGAUGGUCACCUCCGUCACUCCGACCCUUGACCUCGAUGCCUCCGCCUCCCCCUCCGCUGCAGCCGUCACCUCUCCUCCUCCUCCUCUCACUCUGGAUCAGGAGCAUCAGUCACAUGACGCAGAGGCCUUGCCCGGACCCCUGCUGGGGCGAGACCCCUCCCACAGGUCAAACAAACCUCCGCCUCUUCACACCGGAGCCGAUUGGAAAGUCGUCCUCCACCUGCCGGAGAUCGAGACGUGGCUGCGAGCGACCAGCGACCGAGUCACACAGCUCACACACUCGGUGGGACAAGACAGCGACAACAGACACGUGGACGUCCACCUGGUGCAGCUCAAGGACAUCUGUGAGGACAUCUCAGACCAUGUGGAGCAGAUUCACGCUCUGCUGGAGACCGAGUUCUCCCUGAAACUGUUGUCUUACUCUGUCAACAUCAUCGUCGACAUCCGGACGGUGCAGCUGCUGUGGCAUCAGCUCCGAGUCUCAGUCCUGGUCCUGAAGGAGCGUCUGCUGCAAGGUCUGCAGGACUCCAACGGAAACUUCACCCGGCAGACCGACAUCCUGCAAGCCUUCAGCCAGGAGCAGCACCAGGAUCGUCUGGACGCUCUGACCGAGGUGGACGACUGCGGUCAGCUGACCAUCCGCUGCAGCCAGGACUACUUCUCUCUGGAUUGUGGCAUCACCGCCUUCGAGUUAAGCGACUACAGCCCCGGUGACGAGCCCGAGGCCCGGGAGCCGGAGCCAGAAGGCGAGGGCCCCUCCCAGGAGCCCGAACCAGACCUAGAACCGGACCUAGAACCGGAGCUAGAACCGGAGUCAGAGGAGGAAGAACACAACAAACUGCACACCAGUUUACCUGAACUCACCACGCCCGCUGACUCAGUAGACCACUCCCACCUUCCUACAGUUCCCACAAUGCAAUGCAACAUGUCCUACCACAGUGAGAGUGUGAAGCGCCCCCUACAGGGUGUGAGCCACAGCACAGAGGUUUCUCCCACGCAGCCGUCGCUCCCUAAGAGAGCCGCUCUGCUGUCAGACGGAGGAACCACAGGACCGGAGUCCAGGGGCCGUCUGGGGAAGAUGAGUCCGCUCUCUGGGCUUCAGUUCCAGGCCGAGCUGAGCAGGAGCAGCCCCUCUCUGAUGGAUCUUCCAGACCGAUCCAAGUUCUGGUUGGAGCUCGACUCGGUUUAUCCAGAAAAUGUUUCACAGUCCUACGAAAGCCUGCAGAUCAUGAACGGGCGAAACCUCCAGAGAAGCAACGUGAGCUCCAGACACUCAGAGGGCUUCACACAGAGACCUCUGCCCGACCGGAGGAGCUCGUCUGGGGGCAGCCCGACCGCCGACGCCCCCCCGCCUCUCCAGGACCCGACGUCUCAGGAUGAAGCAUCGACACAAAUGGAGAGGAGGCAGAAGAAGACACACGCACACAGCGAGGGGGACUCUGACUCCUCCAUGCCCUCGCCCAUGAGGGAGCAGUUCCUCUCCUCGGACCUGGAGGCGUCCGGAGAGGAGUCGGACCCCCGACCGCCUCACGGCAAGACGGCGGUCUGGAUUGUGAAGCGCCAGGAGCAGAAGGUGAAGCAGGUUUCAUCUAAAACCAGUCCAGACAGGGAACACUGGUACGGCUCAGAGGAGUUCCUUGCUCUUCCUGCUCAGCUGCGUAAGACGGAGAUGCUCGCCAUGAAACUGGAAAGCCUGGCUCACUCCAUCCCUCUGAGGCCCGGUGGCUCUGACUCUACCCAGGAGGCUUUGCAGGAUGUGGACGACUGGGAUUUGACGGAGCUGAACGUAGAGUGGGACGUAGGCGAGAGCGGAGACAACGUGAGCAGCAUCGGAGAGAGCGGAGACGAUGGUCCUUCACCUCUGCCACCGCUGCUUCCUUACAGACGACACCUGGUGAGCCGCUUUAGCCCCACCUCCUCCAGCGACAUCGCCCCCUCGUUGGAUGAGAGCAUAGAGUCCGGCCCGCUGAGCGACCUGCAGUCGGAGGAGGACGAGGGCCGGAGGUCUGCGGACCGCCGGCUGCAUCUGCCCCCGGUGGACGUACGAGGAGGUGCGUCGCUGGUUCAACGGCUGCUGGACGACAUUCAGAGUCACAACAAAGACCCGGACGUCUGGAAGAAGAUCGAGUGCUUCGUGCAGCAGUUGGACGGGUUCAUCUCGUGGCUGCAGGAGGCGCUGGACAGCACGGAGAACUGGACGCAACCCAGACAGGAGCUGGAGAGCCUGAGGGUAUACCUGGACACACACCUGAGUUUCAAGCUUAACGUGGACAGUCACAGCGCUCUGAAGGAGGGAAUAAUGGAGGAAGGCAGAGUGCUGCUCACCAUCAUCACCUCCCACCAAUCAGCUCUGAAGGAUAUCCUCCAUAUGGUUUCCAGCCAAUGGGAUCAGCUCCAGCGGCAGAUCCGGCGCCAACAUGGCUGGAUGCUCCGCUCCCUCCGCUGCAUCCAGGCCCGCCUCCUCUACACCGCCCAAUCACACGAGACCUUCGCUGCCUCGGGGGACUCCUCGCCCAAUCGGCAGGCUGCGUGCCCGGCGGACGGCCUCAAGGCCGAGCUGAUCUCCAGUCAGUGUGAAGUCCAGCGAGCAGCUCUGGAGCAGAUGGCGGUUAAACUGAGCAGCCUGCACUACCCAUCACCCACCAACAGGAGGCACUACAGCCUGCUGGCCACCAAUAACAGGACCCUCGGUGAAGCCUGGGCUCCGGUUUGGGAACCCUUGGCCUUGAAGGAGCACAGAUCUCUGUGUGCCGAGGUUCGAAGCCGACGAAGAGGAGUCUCCUCUGUGCUGAAGCUGUGCCAGAAGCUGCUGCAGCAGAGUCAGUCGGGCCCCAUGGCGGAGGUGGGCCCAGACGCGGAGCAGCACCGUGAGGCCCUGCAGCUUCUGUCAAUCAACCUGGAGAGGAGGUGGGAGGCGAUCGUGAUGCAGGCGCUGCAGUGGCAGAACAGACUGAAGAGAGAGCUGGGAGAGCAGCAGGUUCCCGGUAACUUCCUGGAGCCUGGACUCAUCGACCUCCACCAGAUCAGCCCCGUCCCAUCUUGCCCGGUGGUAGCGCCGGCUCCAGACGACUCCUGGGAGUGGGACGAAACCGAUAUGACAAUCACAGAACCAGAACCGAGAGAAGAAGAAGAAGAAGAAGAACCCGAAUCAGAUCUCACACUUAACCUCCACGCACAACCAAAUCUGCCUUUAGAUGCCGCUCUGUCCAACGGGGAUCAACCGAGCAGGAUCCGGAGAGACGACCGAGCUCAUCAGAGUCUUUUAGCCUUGAUUGAGCCCGGCGUUGGCUCCCAAAUUCUUCCCCCCAACAAUAAUAACGUCUACCAGGUGUACAGCCUCCAUAAUGUGGAGUUAUACAAACAGCCUCCGCUUCCUUCCACUUCCUCCACGAUGCACAAAACCAAAGCAGGAAAAAGGAAACAACAUCUGCUGCUGAAGAGUCUGAGCAAAGACUCCUCCUUCUCCUCCAUGGAGUCGCUCCCUGACAUCCUCGGAGAUCUGAUGCCAAACUACAGAGGAGGAGGAGAGUGGUUUGUUGGGUGUAAAGAAGGGGAAAGCGAGAGGGAAGGCGGGAGGGGAAGCGGCCAGUCGGGGAAUAGUCGGCGGUCAGAGAGCGAGAGCGGGAUCGUCAGCGAUACGGGCGAUACCGAAACGCUUACCAACAACUCUGAAAUCCAAGAGGUGGAGGAGGUAGAGGAAGAGGUGGAGGAGAGAGAUGAGACUGUGGUUCACGUUACUCUGCACAAAGACUACAACCAAAGACGGAGGAGGGAAGAAAUCCGAAGCGAGAGCAGAAGAAACAGAGAAGAGGAGAAAAAGAGGAGGCACAGGAGAGGAGGAGGCGAAGCGGUGGAGAUCCUAAUCAACGGGCGCGGGAUCUUAACGCCUGCUGACUCCGACUCCGAUUUUGAGGUUGGACCACUCAGCGUAGAUUCACCUAAGUCCUUCCUGCCCCGCUGUGAUGAUACACAAGUCAAAGUUGAGCAGUUGCCCGCACGGGAGACUCCUCCCGUGCUCCGCCGCCGGGCAUCGAGUCCAAUUUUAUCUCAGGGUUCGUCUCUUGAAUCCCUGCUGGCUCUCGGUGUCGAGUUAUUCCCGUCCAAAGAUUCCCUCCUGCAACGUAGCGCCUCUGUGGAGAGCGGCCUGGUCCCGAGCCGCAGCGUCGAAGUGGAGGAGACCACCGGCAGCCUGGCCAGCCUCGGGGAGCUGGACCUGGGUCAGAGCCGAGACGUGGAGAGCGGCGAAGCGAGCAAAGAGACGACCAACGAAGGAGCACCGGGAGAACCGUCGUCUGGAGAACUCAGUCGGAGAACUCUGGAUCUCCUGAAGCGUCUGGAGAACAUUCAGAGUCCUCUCGCGGGGAAGAUGACCCGCAGCGUUUCUGAUAUCACACUCCGGAGCAGCUCUCCGCAGCAGAGCCGACGACUCCCCGCCUCUCCUUCCCUCGGUGGACGACACAGCCCUCUCUCUGGGAUUUCGGGCUCCUCGCGGAAAGGUCCUCCGUCGCUGAUCAACGAGAGCUCUGCAACAGCCUCGCUGACCGAGCUCAGCAGCGCCGAAGACUCGUCUCUGGGUUCAGAAGAUUUCGCCGCGCUCAAAAGUCACCGCCACCUCUUUUUGGAUCCCAACAUGGCCGCGGGGGCCAACGCCAACUCGGGCUCCUGUAGGAAGCGUUGCCACGGAAACAGACAAGGGAUGGACGAGGCGGACGCGGCGAGCCUGAGCAUGGUGGUGAACGUGUCGGCGUGCACGGAUGAAGACGAGGACGACAGUGAUCUUCUCUCUUCUUCGACGCUCACGCUCACCGAGGAGGAGCUCGGCGUUCGGGACGGAGAGGACGAAGAGGAAGAGGAGGAGCGGUUGAGCGGCGCCUCCUCCGGUAACGACGACAACGAGGAUGAGGAUGAAGAGGAGAUGGAAGGAUCGUACGUGCUCGGCUUGGAGUACAUGAAGAGGGAGCUGCAGAGUUGGAUAAGACCUCCUCGCACUUCCUCUUCCUCCGCUUCGAAAACAGAAGCAGGCCUCCGGGACGAGCUGCAGUGUGGGACCAAUCUGCCCUCCAACUUCACCUCCUCCUCUUCCUCCUCUUCCUCCUCUCAGAACAAGGAGCAGCGCCGCUUCCUGAACCGCUCGGCUCCCAACAGCAACAGCGGCAACAACAAAACGAAACGGGACAAGAAAGAAAAAGAGGAAGAGGUGGAGAACAGGAGGAACAUCACGAGGAGCUACAUCAGCCAGUUCGUGGACGACGUGGAAAACGGAAACGUGGACCAGAGCUGUUUGAAAGGGAAAGACGAAGACGACGAGCUCCUCCGAGAGGAGUCCAGCGUGUUCACGAAGAAAGGCGAGUCGCUCAGGGAGGCGUACGUCUCGACGAAGCAGCUUUCUCCGUCUCCGUCCUGUGAGCUCCUCCCCUUCCCGUCAGUCCGUGCCUCCUCAUUGGUGGGACAGCUGAGAGGGGAGUUACCUUGCCACAGCGCCUCCGUCCCCUCGCCUCCGUCACUCUCUCCGAUCGAGGACUGUCGAUCCCACAACGGCGGUCGGAAAGCCAUCACCAUCCAGGAGAAGUUCAAGUUCUCGUCUUUCGUGACGGAGGAGAGCAGAAGAGAAGUGAGAGAUAAAGAAUCGUCCCUUCCUCCUAAGAAGCGGCACAGCUCUCUCUCCUCCUGCUGCAGCCUCCAUCCUCGCGGAGCAGAGGAGAGCAAGAAGGAGAACGUGCACGACUUUGUGAUGGAGAUCAUUGAUAUGACUUCGUUGGCGCUGAAGUGCAAAGAGACCGAAGAGCCGAACCAGAGCGAGAUCAGCGGGUCCGGCUCAGACCAGAAUCCUGCUUCUCUGUCACAGAUCAAAGACAAGGUCCUUGAACACUCCCACCGUCCUCUCCACCUCCGUAAAGGCGACUUCUACUCCUACCUGUCCCUCUCCUCCCACGACAGCGACUGCGGCGAGGUCAGCCAAUGCUCCGAGGACAAGAGCUCCACCCCCGCUCCUUACACCAUCCCCACUUACUCCACACCGACACAAGGCCUCCACAGCCCCAGCCCCAGCCCGUCCUGUUCCCCGACCCCCCCCCACCAUCACUCCAACCCCUCCCGUUCCUCCCAGCUCGACUCGGAAAACAACUUCUGCCCUCUUGAUUUUAAGCCCGCCUCUCUGUCUCUGCCCCCCAGCCCUGACAUCAGAGACGAGGAGACCCUGUUUGCACCGUGCACAGAGGAAGUGUACCUGGGUCCGCCUCUGUGCUACAGCAUGGUGCUCACCAAAAAGCCACGAAGGGUCUCCCUAAAGGAGAGUUGGGGUUACUUAUCCUCCUUGGACUCUGACUAUGAACUGAAGGAGAGUCUCGCUCAGUUGCCUUGCUCCAAAUCAAUCGAUAGUCUUCGCUAUUUGUCUCAAAAACCAGGUGAUAGUCUGAGCUCAUCCUCUCCUCUCUUUGAGCCUUGUUACAGCUCAUUCUCCACUUCCUCCUCCUCUUCCUCUGGCUCCAAACCAAGAGACGACAACCCUCCCUCGCCUCCUCCUCCUCUUCCUCUUCCUCUUCCUCCCUCUGGCGCCGAGCACGACGAGAGGCGAGGUGAGGACCCGUACCUCCUCUGUGAUGUCGCUGGAGGAGAAGUCGCGGCCGCUGCGAGUGUCAGCGCGCCGCAGGAGGAGAGGAGUCGUAAUGAGGGGCCUCCUUAUCUUAAUCCCCGGGCGCGUGUCGCCCCGAUAGACUCCUCCGCAGCCGAAUGUUUGGCAGAUACUAAAACGCUUGAAUCCAAUAUGGGCGCCGUAAUGACCAAGAUAAGUGUCUGCAGCUCCGCUACAAAUCCCUCAAAAGAGCCAGCCGCCACCGCCACGCGUAUUAAUCCCAAAAUUAACUGCUCGGCGAUGAGAGAGGCAGAUAGGGAGGAGGGAGGAGGAGGAGGAGGGGAGAGGAGGAGAGGAGGAGAGGUGGAUGCUCGGCAGGAGAAGGGGAGGAGAGGGAGGAGCGGAUCGCAGCAGGAAGGAAAGGCGGCAGCGGCGAAGCAGGUUCCCGGUAACUUCCUGGAACCGGGACUCAUCGACCUCCACCAGAUCAGCCCCGUCCCAUCUUGCCCGGUCGUAGCGCCGGCUCCAGACGACUCCUGGGAAUGGGACGAAACCGAUAUGACAAUCACAGAACCAGAACCGAGAGAAGAAGAAGAAGAAGAAGAAGAACCUGAAUCAGAUCUCACACUUAACCUCCACGCACAACCAAAUCUGCCUUUAGAUGCCGCUCUGUCCAACGGGGAUCAACCAAGCAGGAUCCGGAGAGACGACCGAGCUCAUCAGAGUCUUUUGGCCUUGAUUGAGCCCGGCGUUGGCUCCCAAAUUCUUCCCCCCAAUAAUAAUAACGUCUACCAGGUGUACAGCCUCCAUAAUGUGGAGUUAUACAAACAGCCUCCGCUUCCUUCCACUUCCUCCACGAUGCACAAAACCAAAGCAGGAAAAAGGAAACAACAUCUGCUGCUGAAGAGUCUGAGCAAAGACUCCUCCUUCUCCUCCAUGGAGUCGCUCCCUGACAUCCUCGGCGAUCUGAUGCCAAACUACAGAGGAGGAGGAGAGUGGUUUGUUGGGUGUAAAGAAGGGGAAAGCGAGAGGGAAGGCGGGAGGGGAAGCGGCCAGUCGGCGAAUAGUCGGCGGUCUGAGAGCGAGAGCGGGAUCGUCAGCGAUACGGGCGAUACUGAAACGCUUACCAACAACUCUGAAAUCCAAGAGGUGGAGGAAGUAGAGGAAGAGGUGGAGGACAGAGAUGAGACUGUGGUUCACGUUACUCUGCACAAAGACUACAACCAAAGACGGAGGAGGGAAGAAAUCCGAAGCGAGAGCAGAAGAAACAGAGAAGAGGAGAAAAAGAGGAGGCACAGGAGAGGAGGAGGCGAAGCGGUGGAGAUCCUAAUCAACGGGCGCGGGAUCUUAACACCAGCUGACUCCGACUCCGAUUUUGAGGUUGGACCCCUCAGCGUAGAUUCACCUAAGUCCUUCCUGCCCCGCUGUGAUGACACACAAGUCAAAGUUGAGCAGUUGCCCGCACGGGAGACUCCUCCCGUGCUCCGCCGCCGGGCAUCGAGUCCAGUUUUAUCUCAGGGAUCGUCUCUAGAAUCCCUGCUGGCUCUCGGUGUCGAGUUAUUCCCGUCCAAAGAUUCCCUCCUGCAACGUAGCGCCUCUGUGGAGAGCGGCCUGGUCCCGAGCCGCAGCGUCGAAGUGGAGGAGACAACCGGCAGCGUGGCCAGCCUCGGGGAGCUGGACCUGGGUCAGAGCCGAGACGUGGAGAGCGGCGAAGCGAGACAAGAGAAGAACAACGAAGGAGCACCAGGAGAACCGUCGUCUGGAGAACUCAGUCGGAGAACUCUGGAUCUCCUGAAGCGUCUGGAGAACAUUCAGAGUCCUCUCGCAGGGAAGAUGACCCGCAGCGUUUCUGAUAUCACACUCCGGAGCAGCUCUCCGCAGCAGAGCCGACGACUCCCCGCCUCUCCUUCCCUCGGCGGACGACACAGCCCUCUCUCUGGGAUUUCGGGCUCCUCGCGGAAAGGUCCGCCGUCGCUGAUCAACGAGAGCUCGGCGACGGCCUCGCUGACCGAGCUCAGCAGCGCCGAAGACUCGUCUCUGGGUUCGGAAGAUUUCGCCGCGCUCAAAAGUCACCGCCACCUCUUUUUGGAUCCCAACAUGGCCGCGGGGGCGAACGCCAACUCGGGCUCCUGUAGGAAGCGUUGCCACGGAAACAGACAAGGGAUGGACGAGGCGGACGCGGCGAGCCUGAGCAUGGUGGUGAACGUGUCGGCGUGCACGGACGAAGACGAGGACGACAGUGAUCUCCUCUCUUCUUCGACGCUCACGCUCACCGAGGAGGAGCUCGGCGUUCGGGACGGAGAGGACGAAGAGGAAGAGGAGGAGAGGUUGAGCGGCGCCUCCUCCGGUAAUGACGACAACGAGGAUGAGGACGAAGAGGAGAUGGAAGGAUCGUACGUGCUUGGCUUGGAGUACAUGAAGAGGGAGCUGCAGAGUUGGAUAAGACCUCCUCGCAAUUCCUCUUCCUCCGCUUCGAAAACAGAAGCAGGCCUCCGGGACGAGCUGCAGUGUGGGACCAAUCUGCCCUCCAACUUCACUUCCUCCUCCUCUUCCUCCUCUUCCUCCUCUCAGAACAAGGAGCAGCGCCGCUUCCUGAACCGCUCGGCUCCCAACAGCAACGGCGGCAACAACAAAACGAAACGGGACAAGAAAGAAAAAGAGGAAGAGGUGGAGAACAGGAGGAACAUCACGAGGAGCUACAUCAGCCAGUUCGUGGACGACGUGGAAAACGGAAACGUGGACCAGAGCUGCUUGAAAGGGAAAGACGAAGACGACGAGCUCCUCCGAGAGGAGUCCAGCGUGUUCACGAAGAAAGGCGAGUCGCUCAGGGAGGCGUACGUGUUUCCCAAAUCAGGAGAGUCGGUCCAAGACGUCGACGACUUCAUCGUUAAAACAGAAUCGAGCUCGACGAAGCAGCUUUCUCCGUCUCCGUCCUGUGAGCUCCUCCCCUUCCCGUCGGUCCGCGCCUCCUCGUUGGUGGGACAGCUGAGAGGGGAGUUACCUUGCCACAGCGCCUCCGUCCCCUCGCCUCCGUCACUCUCUCCGAUCGAGGACUGCCGAUCCCACAACGGCGGUCGGAAAGCCAUCACCAUCCAGGAGAAGUUCAAGUUCUCGUCUUUCGUAACGGAGGAGAGCAGAAGAGAAGUGAGAGAUAAAGAAUCGUCCCUUCCUCCUAAGAAGCGGCACAGCUCUCUCUCCUCCUGCUGCAGCCUCCAUCCUCGCGGAGCAGAGGAGAACAAGAAGGAGAACGUGCACGACUUUGUGAUGGAGAUAAUUGACAUGACUUCGUUGGCGCUGAAGUGCAAAGAGACCGAAGAGCCGAACCAGAGCGAGAUCAGCGGGUCCGGCUCAGACCAGAAUCCUGCUUCUCUGUCACAGAUCAAAGACAAGGUCCUUGAACACUCCCACCGUCCUCUCCACCUCCGUAAAGGCGACUUCUACUCCUACCUGUCCCUCUCCUCCCACGACAGCGACUGCGGCGAGGUCAGCCAAUGCUCCGAGGACAAGAGCUCCACCCCCGCUCCUUACACCAUCCCCACUUACUCCACACCGACACAAGGCCUCCACAGCCCCAGCCCCAGCCCCGUCCUGUUCCCCGACCCCCCCCACCAUCACUCCAACCCCUCCCGUUCCUCCCAGCUCGACUCGGAAAACAACUUCUGCCCUCUUGAUUUUAAGCCCGCCUCUCUGUCUCUGCCCCCCAGCCCUGACAUCAGAGACGAGGAGACCCUGUUUGCACCGUGCACAGAGGAAGUGUACCUGGGUCCGCCUCUGUGCUACAGCAUGGUGCUCACCAAAAAGCCACGAAGGGUCUCCCUAAAGGAGAGUUGGGGUUACUUAUCCUCCUUGGACUCUGACUAUGAACUGAAGGAGAGUCUCGCUCAGUUGCCUUGCUCCAAAUCAAUCGAUAGUCUUCGCUAUUUGUCUCAAAAACCAGGUGAUAGUCUGAGCUCAUCCUCUCCUCUGUUUGAGCCUUGUUACAGCUCAUUCUCCACUUCCUCCUCUUCUUCCUCUGGCUCCAAACCAAGAGACGACAACCCUCCCUCGCCUCCUCCUCCUCCUCUUCCUCUUCCUCUUCUUCCCUCUGGCGCCGAGCACGACGAGAGGCGAGGUGAGGACCCGUACCUCCUCUGUGAUGUCGCUGGAGGAGAAGUCGCGGCCGCUGCGAGUGUCAGCGCGCCGCAGGAGGAGAGGAGUCGUAAUGAGGGGCCUCCUUAUCUUAAUCCCCGGGCGCGUGUCGCCCCGAUAGACUCCUCCGCAGCCGAAUGUUUGGCAGAUACUAAAACGCUUGAAUCCAAUAUGGGCGCCGUAAUGACCAAGAUAAGUGUCUGCAGCUCCGCUACAAAUCCCUCAAAAGAGCCAGCCGCCACCGCCACGCGUAUUAAUCCCAAAAUUAACUGCUCGGCGAUGAGAGAGGCAGAUAGGGAGGAGGGAGGAGGAGGAGGGGAGAGGAGGAGAGGAGGAGAGGUGGAUGCUCGGCAGGAGAAGGGGAGGAGAGGGAGGAGCGGAUCGCAGCAGGAAGGAAAGGCGGCAGCGGCGAAGCAGGUCGGUUCUCAUUCAGCCACCAAUCACAUGACCAGGGCCACACAGGGGAGGAGCCAAACCUCGUCUAGACUGCCCACCUCCAGGACGGGGCCAAUCAGACCACACACUUCCUCUCUGGAGCCUUCGGUCCUCGUCAUCCUGGAGGACUUCCCAGAGCUGCUGCGCUCACUCCCGGUCUCUGCCAAACGAGUAAUCAUGUGGGGACAAAUGAUGCAGCCCGUCAGCAAUCUGAGCUGA